CGGAAACUCAAAGGAGCGAAAGGCGCAAAGCGAUGGAAGGGCGGAGACACGAUGCCGUUUUCACACGGCGAAACUGAUGGGCGCAGCUGAGGGCUUGAGCUGAGGGCGGGCGACAGGCGGAGAAAAGAGCUUAAAUAAUGGCGCGAAAAGCCUUACUGUAAAGAUGUGUGACCACGGAGCCCUUUCAACUUGAGGGUGGUUGGCAUCUCCUCACAAGGCUUUCUGUGAAGGCUUUUGCUCGAGCUUUCUUCGAUUGAAUUUCGACUGAGCAUUUCGGGUAUAUCUGGUACUACCAUGGUUUUAGAUGGAAUUGUUUAGACAUUGCGGAAGGUUAUACUGAAGACUGGACUGCACAUAUUGUACCAUGUUACCAUGUUGGAUUGCGCCACAGGCUCAUGGGUCAAAAGGUUUUUGGUUUCCACGCGAUAAUCAUGACGCCUUUAUGAUGGCAAUGGUUAAUUUAGGAAGAGCUCCUUCAUAGAGCUUUCUGCUUUGGUGAUCGAGCGUGCUCCACUGAUGGAAUCGCUCCGCCUCAGAGGUCAGGAAGCGAUGGGUUUUCAUUUGCGGCCCCAUAAUGUGUUUUCUUGCAAUGACCCACCAGCAGAUCUCCUGCCAAGCUCUUUGCGGAACGCAAAUUUCGAUGGCGCCUGCCAGGCUCGUGGAGGACACCAGGCUGGUCAUGAGGGCCAAAGCAGUUGGAGGACCUAAGAGAAAGGAUUCCAAAAAGCAAGCUCAAGUUCAAAAAGAGCGAAAGAAGAGGGACGCGGGCCACAAAUACUCACAAGUGGUUACAGUGCACACGCGUGUUCAAGUUGAGAAAGGUUUCAUUUCCGAAAGGAAACAUCGACGUUCCUUCAUCGUUGUGCCCCUGAAGGACGACGUGAUAGAGCUUGAAGGGACCGUCGUUGUCCACUCUCGCAACGUUUUCAAGGUGUUGCUAAGCAAUGGUGCCGAGGUGCAAUGCACUCUUGCUGGAAAGCUUCGAAUGAACAACAUCAAGGUUAUGGAGGGAGACGCAGUCACUGUAGAAAUGUCGCCUUUCGACCUGACGAAAGGACGGAUCGUAUUUCGAACAAUCAAAAUGCCUGGGGAGGAUUGAAAUGCGUGAGCAGCGGCAGUGAGCAGCGGCAGUGAGAUCUGGCUUCAGGAGAAAGGUUCGCGCUGCAAGCAGUGCUUUGUUGGUUAAAAUACGGGCGUUGGGGCGCAAGAGGAAUGCGUUUGGAUGUUUGAAGGGGAACCGCU